GGAUUGUGGAUACCAUUUACUCUGUGGGACCUAAAACGUUCCACUCGAGGACAAGGCCCCCCCAGAGCUUUGAAAAGAAAUAUUUCGUGGCUAACGAGCGGCUAUGGCGUCUCUCUUUCUCCCUCCUCCCUCAUCCACGCUGCGAUUCUAUCGCCAUGACGCUAGCGCCAGGUCAACAUCGUCCUCGCAACGAUGCGCGGCCUGGAAGAAAUCGUGCAUCCACGCAAGGCGAGCGAGAAUCCUGGCGAUGGGGUUCAAGAUCAACGAAUCCUACGAUAGCGCCGUGGAGCUCGACGCCGAGCGGGAUAGCGCGCUGCGAAGCCUCUUGAGCUCGGAAGCAUUUUGCAAACAGGUCGCGAAAGAAGCAGGGAUUUCGGAGACCAGCGGCGUGGAAUUUCUCGGAGAGCUCUUCCAGCCGGUGCCAUGGAGUCCGAGCACCACACACGGCAUGCCCCAGGAAUUCGAGAAGUAUCAUCACGACAAGGAGAACUACGUGAUCAUCAAUGUACCUCCAAACUUCAUGUUUAAAGCCAAGGUAUUCAAACCUUCGCGGCUCUGCGCAAUCUACAGAAAAAUCAAGGACGAGUCACUCAAAGCAACUUAGAAGCUCGCUUUCUUACCGUGUUUUGGAGGAACAAAGUGAACGGAGGAUCAGCCUUGGACUUGCAUGGA